AUGAAAAGGCGAAGUCAAAGCUGUAUAUUAGUAUCGGUUGUGAUCUCAGUACUAUGGAUCGUUCUGAUGACCAACUAUAUAAGUCGACUGGACUACAGCGAUAACGAACGAACAGCCGCGGCGGCUCUGAUUAAACGUGAAAAGUUCAAUGCAAAAUUCUCUUACAAUGCUAAUGAUAAGAUAAAAUAUGAUGAAGUGGACGUUAUCGGUGAUAAAAGGAAAGAUGUGAAGAAUAAAGAGGUACGGAAAGAUGCGUUUGAUAUGUAUGAUAAUAAGAAUGCUAUCGGUGGUAUUCGAGAAAAAGUGAUGUCCGAUAAGAGUGUUCGAUUAUCGAAAGAGAUCUCGCCAUUGCGAUUUGAAUCAACAGCGACAAAUGUGAUUGUGCUGACUGAUGGUGGUAUCGAUAAAAGUAUCGCUGGUCAAAUGAAGGAGGAACAAUUGUCACAGAACCAAAUCCCUGAAGUGGAUUUGCAGCAAUUAGCCAUUAUUAAAACUGAUGAGGACAAGGUGUGUAUUGUUUUUGUUUUUCCGUUUAGUGCUUUUAUUAUAAUUGCUAUUCUUAUCAUUAGUUUUAUUAAUGAUGAUUAUUAA